UCUUGUCACACCUUCUUCCUCAUCCAUCUCACCAGCAGCCAACAUCCAAGCGUAGUUCAGGUCAUAGGUCGAGGUACGUACAUAGCAGCUUUGCCAGCUUAAUUGUCGAUCGAGGAACCAAUCGUCGAGCGACGUCAAUGGCUUCUCUGUCAAUGAGCGUGGGGUGGACGCCGAAGCAGAACAAGCUGUUCGAGCAGGCGCUGGCGGUGCACGACAGGGACACGCCCGACCGCUGGCACAACAUCGCCAGGGCUGUCGGCGGCGGCAAGUCGGCGGACGACGUGAGGCGCUACUACGAGCUGCUCGUCCAUGACAUCGCCCGUAUCGAGGCCGGCAAGGUGCCCUUCCCCGCCUACCGUCCCCCAUGUCCCGGCCCCGGCCACAACGCCAGCUACGAGGCCGACAGGUUGAAGCACCUGAAGAUCUAGGAGAUAAUCGGUUAAUGGACAAGAAAUGAUGCACACUAAGCAGAUGGAUUGAACGAAGCAGCAUGUGCAUAUGGUGCUUGGGGUGUACCUUUUACUAUAAGCGUGGCUGCGUGGGCAUGGUGUCCAUGUAAUAUAUACAUGCAAAACUAACCGGCAGAAAGAGUCGGCCGACCAUGCAGUGCAUGCAUGUUCAUAAUACACUAGUGGCUAUGGCUAGUGGUCUAUAAGUAUGUACUGAGACCGACUUGUCUCCUUACUUCCAUGUGUUUAACUUAUCUCUCUAUUCUGAUGUACAAUAUUUAUAUUAUUGUCUGCACAUGAACCAUAUAUCCAUAUCAAUGGAGAGAAAGAUUAAUGUUAA